GCUGUGAGCAGCGUCGCUGUGACUCAGUGAAGCCGUGUGGGAGGAGUUAAAGUAAGAUGGCUGCGGGAGAGGGAAGAGUGUUUGAGAAAUCAUCAAAUGGGAUGUUUAUCUGUCGCUAACAGGAUGCACAGCUGCCCCGAAGAAGGAGUGGUUAAUUUGUUAGCGUCGCCGGGUCAGUGUGGAGCAGUUCGCCGGUUGCCUCUGCGCUGUGUUCGUGUCGUCAGCCGUUCAUUGCUCUGACAUUGUGGAAUUCAUCAACAGCUAGGCGUUAGCAGGCAGCUAGCUGGCAGCUAGCUAUCCGAGGAAAUCUGCUCCUCUUCAACAGCUGCUGAGACCCCGGCACAUAAACAAGAGAGGUGUACCCGUCCUGACCGGCUAUGGAGUGGUGUUGGCUUCAGACUGGAUGACAGCGUCCACAGGGAGGACAAGAAAGCAAAGUUUCUAAAUCAGAAACACCCUUCCCUUUGGAGUCGGCUGAUCGGCAGCAACAGCUCGUUCAAGCGUCGUCCUUUUUCUCUGAUUGGGAUCGCCUCCCUUCCCCUCUCCGUCCCUCUUCCCUUUCUCUUUUCCUUUUUCUUUGUCCAUACCUUCUCCUUUAGUUCCCCUCCUGAGCUCUUGCUCUCUGUCCUGGGCGCUUUUGUGUCUGGACUCAGAAGUUCCCAUUUUGCUUUUUUUUUUGUUUUGUUUUGUUUUCUUUCCCCCCCUCCCAUCCUUCCCUGGCGUUUGAGUCUGUGAGACCUUUCACCUGCCUCCCGCCGGGUUCGGAAUGAGCUGGCUUAGCAGGUUGAACCCACGGUCCGGCCGCAGCGCCGUCGCCUCCGUCGCCCCCUCCAACCCGUGCACUGCCGACCCGGAGACAUGCCUGAUGGUGUUUGAGAACCACUGGAGACAGGUCUCUUGGGUUUUGGAUCAGCGAGAAACGUCGUCCUCCAGCGACGACCUGACGGCGGUGCGGAACAACACCGACCAGAUGUUGUGUCUGCUGGCGGAAGAGCGUCCCGCCGAGAGCACGGAGGGCGGCUCUUGCGUGGCGCCCAUGGGCCCCAUCCUGGAGCUGGUUGUCACGGAGAACAUCCUGGAGCGCCUGGUUCAAUGGCACCUUCGGCGCGGCCUGGACCCGGACAGCCAGGGGGCCCUGCUCAAACUGUUCGAGAUGCUCAUCGGCCAGUCCCAGCAGCCUCUGCUGCAGCACACAGCCGUUCUCCACCCCCUGCUGAGGCUGCUGGGAGCAUGCGCCGACCCAGAACUUGGCUGUCCCCCGGCCUUGGAGAACAGUCUGGUACUGCUGCUUAAUCAGGUCUGCGUGUCCAUGGCCCGGCAGCCGGUGGUCCUGGAGAUGCUGUUCCAGGCUGUGCCGGCCCAACAGGGCUCCACCAACCUGCUGAUCUUCUCCCUCCUCGUGCCGUUCAUCCACCGGGACGGAGCCAUCGGCCAGCAGGCCCGAGACGCGCUGCUGCUGGUGAUGGCGGCCUCGGCCAGUCACGAGGCAGUGGCGCGAUACAUCUCCGAAAACUCCUAUUUCUGCCCGGUGUUGGCGACGGGGCUCAGCGCCCUCUACUCCUCCCUGCCCAGGAAGAUCGAGGUCCGCGGAGACGACUGGCAUUCGCUGCGGCGGGAGGACUGGAUGGGCGUGUCGUCUCUCGUGCUUUUCAUGAACUCCUUGGAGUUCUGCAACGCCGUGGUGCAGGUGGCGCACCCCCUGGUCCGCUCUCAGCUCCUGGACUACCUCCACAACGGCUUCCUCGUCCCCGUCAUGGGCCCCGCCCUGCACAAGUCGUCAGUAGACGAGAUGAUCGCCAGCACCGCCUACCUGGAUCUUUUCUUGCGCAGCGUAACGGAAACAUCCCUCCUCAAAACCUUCCUGCGCUUCAUCCUGCUGCAUCGCCAUGACAAUGACACCAUCCUGGACACGCUGCUCACCCGCAUAAGCAGCAAUUCGAGGCUCUGCAUGGUCUCAUUGAGUCUGUUCAGGACUCUCCUGUCCCUGCAUUGUGAGGACAUCAUGCUGCAGCUUGUUCUCAGGUAUCUUCUGCCCUGCACCCAUGUAAUGCUGAGUCAGCGUCGUGCCAUCAGGGAGACGGACAUGUACGGAAAGUCGGCGAACAAGUUCCUGUCGCUGAUCCCGGAGUGCUGUCGACUGAACGCAUCGAGCUCCACCGAUCGCGACGACGACAAUCCGUUCUGGGGCAAAGUCAUGAACAAUCCAAGCACUGAAGCUCCAGCUCCACCCAGACCCAGCACCCCGUCCCGCUUGUCGUUCUUCAUGCGGCAGCAGAGCAGCGGCGGCGGAUCGGGAGGAGGGGGCUCAUCUAACUCCCCCGCCGUGGACCCGCUGCACCCGGGUCCGUCCGGCUCCCACGCUCUGUCCCCGGACAGUCCCAUGCACCAGCAGCAGACCCACACAGAGUGUCUGGAGUGGGACGCGGGGUACCUGGAGUACCUCAAGGACGCGCGUCGGGGAAUCGAGCAUUGCGCCUGGUCCUGCCGUGAUUGGUCCGCGCCUUACGAUGGAGAAAACCCUUCGCCGAGCGCGGCCGCUCCGCCUCCCCCCACCUCCAACGCCUCCUUGGCCAUGUUCCCGGAGCAUUUCUCCUUCCAGCACGGAGGAAGCGGCGGCACUCCUCCAGGCCAGCAGAGGGCCGCCGUUGUGGCGGCGGCGCGGUCGGAGUGGAGCAGUUCGGACCGGGACAGCGGUGAGUGGGACGUCACGAUAGGCAAAAACAACUGCAUCAGUCUCACGCCCCGCUCCAAGAAGCGCACGCUUCAAACGGAGGAACUGCUCCCCAAACCGGUGCCGCCGCUCGUCCCCUCUCCGUCUGCUGCCUCCGCUCUGUCGGCUUCACACUCCACCUCCUCCCCAAGUCAGCACAUUUCCACGUCCACCAUCACUGUGAGCUACCAGCCGAUGUACAACGGGACAAUCGCGCAGGCGGACGGCUGUUCAGACAGCCGGGAUAGAGGCCUAGAAGUGAAAAAAGUCAAAAGAGACUUGGGGGAGCAGCAGUUCUUGGACGAGAACGCCAACCAGAACGGAUCUCCCAUCUCUUACCCCUCCCACAGCCACGCCGCCGUCCCCCAGUCGCUUUUCAGCAACAGGAACAGCAGCGACGUGAAACCUCUACAGUUUCCUGCCCCCGACACCAAACCGCUGACCAACUCAGGCCCGCACAGCAUAUCCUCAGAUCUUCCAGAAGCCAACCAACAGUCGCAACAAUCCGUGGAGCGGCUCAUCGAAGAACUGCUGGAGCAGGCGCCGGACGACCCCCAGCAGCUCCCCGGAGACGCCAACGGUCAGGGCAUCAGCAUCGAGGCCUUCACCCAGGAGCUGCGGGAGCUGGAGGACCGGGUGAAGGAGCGAAGCCAAGCCGCCUCCCUGCAGCCUGACGCCGCCGCAGAAUCGCUGUCCGCCGAGCAGCAGGAGGACGAACAGCUUUCCACCGCCCUGAACGCGAAACUGACUGGGGACGUCAAAGGGGAGGCGUCCGAGGUGGGAGUCUGCAGUCCUGCCAGACCGCUUACCCAGCCUGCCUCGCAGCCAUACACUGGCCCAUUCAUGGUGGUUCUGUUUGCCAAGUUGGAGAACAUGCUCCAAAACUCGCUGUACGUCAACAUCCUGCUCACUGGCAUCAUAGCCCAGUUGGCCUGUUAUCCUCAGCCCCUCCUACGCUCCUUCCUGCUCAACACCAACAUGGUCUUCCAGCCCAGCGUCAAGUCGCUGAUCCAGGUUUUAGGUUCUGUGAAGAACCGCAUUGAGGCAUUUGCAGCUUCUCACGAAGACUUCCCUGCCAUGCUGAGGAAGGCCCAGCAGUACCUGGUGGCUCGAGGGAAAGUGGACUGGACCGACAUGGCUGCUGCCGUUCCCCCACUGCGGCGCUCUGAUUCACUAGUAAAAAGCCGAAAGCCGUCGCUCGGAGACCUGAUCCUCCGACACACUAACAGCCCGACCCGGGCUCGGCACGCCGCUCAGCUGGCGCUCGCUCACGUCCGGGACGGCGGCCAGUCGCUGCACAGCGCCUUGUUCCGGGGCGGCAGCGGGUCGUCCGGGCUGGAGAAGCAAGCCGAGGCGUUGCGGGUGAAAAACGCCGUCUACUGCGCCGUCAUUUUCUGCGAGUUCCUCAAAGAGCUGGCAGCCAUGGCUCAAGAGCACGCCGUCACUUUACCUUUCCCUCGGAGCCAGAAGGCCGAGGAGUAGACCGGUAAACACGAACUCCUUUGAAACUUGGCUCUUGGAUUUCCUUUUAUUUGGAUUUUUUUUUAUUAAUUUGAAGCUGUAAAAUGUAUUUCUCCCUUCACCAGACUCGCGCACUGAGACUUUCUGUCACUGAAAUAUUAAUCUGCAAUGGUGCAGACGGAAAAAACAGGAGGAAAACGGUGGCAUUUUUCUACCAAAAUUAGCAUAAGAUACCUACAGGACUGGAAUUGCAGUUUUAACAGAGGAGCUUGUGCAUAUCAUGUGUUAUAUUUACAUUCUGUACACAGGAAGUCUCGCUAGACACUUGAGACUUGGGAGCUUGUAAAUAAACCCACCACGCCGUGGCAUCGUAAAAGGAAGUAGGUGCACAUCCUGGUGCUAGCUCAUACUCCUUAUGUUUUCGUUAGGAAGCGUGCUCUCAGGUAGCACAGACAGCAAGAUGGAAACUAAACACCAAAUAUUUCUUGACAGGAAAAUAUUGAAAGUAUAUAUAUAUAUAUAUAUAUAUAUAUAUAUAUAUAUAU